UAGAGAAGCAUUCCCCUCCGCUUCCAUGCGCAAUUCACCCCGCCCGACUCCCCCGGGACCGGAGCAUCCUACCCCAGGUAGAAAUUGACGUCAGAGCGGUUCGUAAUUUGACGUGUAAACAUCCCUUCCCCUUCCACGACUCUCUCAUUGGUGGCUUUCCAUGCGCGUUCAAUUACUCGCUCACACUGCAUCAGAAUUAAGAGGAGAAUCUAGCUUUAUCCAAGGAAGGCUUUUGGAGCUGGACUGAUAUUUCUUGUGUUUACAUAGUCUGUAUUUAUUUGUUAACUUAUUUCUAUUUAAUAGUUUUGUAUUCGUCGUGAUCACCCAGAUCAUUUUUAAGUGGUUGUAAUUGAUUUGAAAUGGAAGAAAGAUGUCGUCCAAUGUUGCUGUGCAGUGUUCUUGCUCUGUUCUGUGCGCUGGUGUCCUCCGCUGUGGACAGACAGUAUCUGAACGAAUGGGCGGUGGAGAUUCCAGGAGGAGCCCACAAUGCGCGAUCCAUCGCCGACGAGCUCGGAUACAAAUUAGUCCGACAGAUUGGGGCGCUGGAAAACCAUUAUUUAUUCAAGCGGCACAGUCACCCUAGCAGGACCAAACGAAGUGCGGAUCAUAUCACAAAACGUCUGUCGGAAGAUGACAGGGUGUCCUGGGCCGAACAGCAGUAUGAGAAACGAAGGGCCAAACGUGCCCCGCUGGGGACAGAAUGUAAGGACUGUUCGGUGGACAAACUCUUCGACGACCCCAUGUGGAACCAACAGUGGUAUCUACAAGACACCCGGACGUCUUCAUCCCUCCCCAAAUUGGAUCUACACGUGAUCCCGGUCUGGAAGAAGGGCAUCACAGGCAAAGGAGUGGUCAUCACCGUGCUAGAUGACGGCCUGGAGUGGAAUCACACCGACAUAUACCCUAACUACGAUCCUGCUGCUAGCUAUGAUUUUAACGACAACGAUCCUGAUCCCUUCCCCAGAUACGACUCCACCAAUGAAAACAAGCAUGGUACCAGAUGUGCCGGAGAGAUUGCCAUGCAAGCAGACAACAACAAAUGUGGCGUCGGAGUGGCCUUUAACUCGAAAGUGGGAGGAAUACGAAUGCUGGAUGGAAUCGUAACAGAUGCCAUUGAAGCCAGUUCGAUUGGCUUUAACCCUGACCACGUGGACAUCUACAGUGCUAGCUGGGGCCCUAACGAUGACGGGAAGACAGUGGAGGGGCCCGGGCGUCUGGCCCAGAAAGCCUUUGAGUAUGGUAUCCAGAAGGGGCGUGGUGGGAAGGGCUCCAUUUUCGUCUGGGCGUCUGGUAACGGUGGGCGUCAGGGCGACAACUGCGAUUGUGAUGGAUACACAGACAGUCUCUACACCAUCUCCAUCAGCAGUGCGUCUCAGCAGGGAUUGUCUCCGUGGUACGCUGAGAAAUGCUCCUCUACGCUUGCCACAGCCUACAGCAGCGGAGACUACACGGACCAGAGAAUAACUAGUGCCGAUUUGCACAAUGAAUGCACAGAGACACACACUGGCACGUCUGCAUCUGCCCCAUUGGCUGCUGGGAUAUUUGCACUGGCUCUGGAGCAAAAUCCUGAUCUGACCUGGAGAGACCUUCAGCAUUUGGUGGUUUGGACGUCUGAGUUUGACCCCCUGGCCAAUAACCCAGGCUGGAAAAGGAACGGAGCUGGAUUGAUGGUCAAUAGUCGGUUUGGGUUUGGCCUCCUGAACGCCAAGGCUCUGGUGGACCUGGCUGAUCCCAAGGUCUGGAAGCAUGUUCCGGAGAAGAAACAGUGCAUCGUCAGAGAUGAGACGUUCCAACCAAGACCAUUGAAGGCUGCAGGAGAGAUAUCCAUCGAGAUCCCCACUAAGUCCUGCGCAGGACAGGCGAAUUCUGUGGUGUCCUUGGAGCAUGUGCAGGUGGAGGUCAGCAUUGAGUACACACGGAGAGGAGACCUCCACAUCACAUUGACAUCUCCGUCAGGUACUACCACAGUCCUGCUGGCGGAGAGAGAGAGGGACACAUCAUCCAACGGUUUCCGAAACUGGGCUUUCAUGUCCGUGCACUCCUGGGGAGAGAAUCCCACCGGCACUUGGACCCUGAAGAUUACUGAUACGUCAGGACGGAUGGAGAAUGAGGGUCAGAUUCUUAGCUGGAAGUUGAUUUUGCACGGGACAUCUGAGAAGCCUGACCACAUGAAGAUGGCGAGGGUGUACCUGCCCUACAAUGCUGUACAAAACGAUCGCAGAGGAGUGGAACCGAUGGAAGACAUGAUCAAGGAACCUCCGACUCCAGCACAUAAACCUGAAAUUUCAAGUCCGAUGGAUCCAGACUCACUUCCUUCCACUGCCUCCUUCAGUGUCCCAGAGGAAAAUCCAGCUGUUGCUCUAGGACCCUCCUCUCCCAAUCUGGCCCUGCUGCGUCUCCUCCAGUCGGCCUUCAACAGGCAGAUGCCGGCGGUUCCUCCGCAGGUUCUGGCGGCUCGUCCCAAGACCUUUCAGCGUGAAAGGAUCCCACCGCAGAAGCUGUACCAGGCCCUUGACCAGCUGAACCGCUACAGGGGCUCCGAAAACGGCCUGUUCAGUGACUACAGCGACAACUUCUACAGAGCCCAACCGUACAGGCACAGAGACGACCGGCUGCUUCAGGCGCUGUUUGACAUGCUCGGAGACGACCAGCAAUGAGACCAGCGGGACGGAAAAUGAAGGACUGGAAGAGUAGGUAAAAGAAGCCGGAUGCCCUGCUGAAAAGACCAGCUUAAGGCCCCAAUAUACUUUUUCAUUCUUCGCUGUGGGGGUAAAAAGAAGUUCGAAAUACCUUUGCAGCACUAUACUGUUAGCAAACAUCCCGACACCAGGAAGUUCACUGUUUUGAACUGGCCUGAUUUUGUUUGAAAUGACAUC